CCCUUGCUAGUUGCUUCCUAUAGUAAGCCUUGCUUCCUCUCGACCAAGGCUAGCUUUCGCAAUGGCGCCAUCGACCAAGCUCUUCCUCGUGCUCCUCGGCCUAAACUUGAUGGUCACCGCUGUGCACGGUGGUUGCGGACCCCACUGCCCUACCCCGACCCCACCGCCGCCUCCAUCGACCAACGGCGGCUCGUGCUCGAUUGACACGUUGAAGCUGCGCGUGUGCGCCAACGUGCUGAACCUGCUGAAGCUCGGGCUUGGCGUGCCGCCCAGCGAGCGGUGUUGCCCGCUGCUGGCCGAUCUGGCCGACCUGGACGCUGCGGUGUGCCUCUGCACCGCCAUCAGGGCCAAGGUCCUCGGCGUCAUCAAGCUCAAUGUCCCCGUCGACCUGGUGCUCCUGCUCAACCACUGCCACAAGACCUGCCCGCCUGGCUUCACCUGCCCGCACUGAUCGAACAAAGUACUCGGCCAAGCAUGGCAUGCUGCGUACACAUGCCAUGCAUGCAGCCGUCUAUACACCACUCCAGUUUGUGUUUGAGUUCAUCUAUAUGUCUUGUGCAUGCCUAGGUUCUCUGUCAUGCAUUAGCAUUAUGCAUGCAUGCAGUGAUCACUAGGUAGGUACGUAAACAUAAGUGCAUGAAAGUGUGUCAAGUUUGUGGUGUCCAAAUAAAUGACCCACGUAACCGGGGAUUUGUAUCAUCAUCUGAAAUACUGUACCGGGCGCCUAUAUGCCCCUAGCUUGUAUCAUCUGAAAUCUGAUGAAGUUGUGUAAACUCGAGAUGUGUGUUACAUA